AUGUCUACCGGAGACGGAUGCAAGCAUUAUUCCUACCCAGGCAUGGGCGAGUGGGCGCAAAAGACUAUGGCCUACUCACAAGCCAUCCGAGUCGAAAACAGGAUCGUGUGCUCCGGUCAAGGCGGCUGGGACCGAGUGAGCGGCGAUAUCUCGCCCGAGAUUCAGGAGGAGGUGUCUCAAGCCUUUGCCAACGUCGAGGCCAACUUGAAGCACGCUGGCGGAAAGGGCUGGUCCCAGGUAUAUCGUGUGGUAACCUACAGCACCGAUAUUAAAGCUACCCACGACCUGAUUGUUGCCAACUAUCGCAAGCACAUGCCAGGCCAUCACCCGACCUGGACCGAGCUAGGAGUAAAAGAGCUGGGGCUACCCACAAUGCACAUUGAGAUUGAGGUGGAGGCUUAUGAUCCGGAAGGGGCCACCACCGAGCUCGGCCAAGCGCAAGCAUAA